AUGUCUUCUGCAAUUCCUGAUGCUUUAUACACCUUAUCGGGCCGGUUAACAGCCCAGGAGGCCUUAUCAGGAAUCUUCGGAAGCGUCAGUUUGGCAACUUGGAUCUUUCUUCUGGUCCCACAGUUGAUCUUGAACUACAAGACGGGGAGUGCUGAGGGCAUUUCAUUGGCGUUUUUAUGCGUGUGGCUGGUUGGUGAUAUCACGAAUCUUUCAGGUGCGAUUUGGGCUGAUCUGGUUCCGACGGUUAUCGCUCUCGCCAUCUACUUCUGCAUCGCGGACUUUGUUCUCAUCAGCCAAGUUCUCUACUACAGGAGUGUGGUUGCUCGGGCUAGAAGUUCGUCUAUUGCUUCGGUCGCAACUGAGCAUGAACCCCUCCUUACUCGGCGACGAAGUAGUGACUCCGUCGGUCUUCCAGGAUCUCACCGACGGAGUUCAUCACCCCAUAGCGCAAUUCGCCAUAGGCGUGACUCACUCACUAAGAUUUUGGAAGAAGAUGCCGGAGAUGGAAGUGUCUGGCUGAGAAAUACUAUUAGUAUUCUUGCUGUGGUCGCCGCCGGUGUUGCUGGCUGGGCGAUUGCAUGGCAGUCGGGAGUCUGGAAACCUAGUCCCGAUGAAGGGGAGAAUCCUGCAGCCGGUAAAGAGGCUCUUGGUGCAACGAUUCUGGGAUAUACGAGUGCUGUCUGUUACUUGGGUGCACGAAUUCCUCAAAUUAUCAAGAACUAUAGAGAUAAGUCAUGUGAAGGUCUUGCUCUUCUCUUCUUCAUAUUAUCAUUGGUCGGAAAUGCAACCUAUGGCGCCAGCAUUCUUUUCCACUCCCUGGAUGAAGACUACAUACUUACUAACCUUCCUUGGCUGAUUGGGUCGUUGGGGACGAUGGUCGAAGACGCUGUGAUUUUUGUACAAUUCCGCAUGUAUGCUCUAAACAUUGGCACGUCUGCUGUCGAAGAAUAG